UCGCUCCGGCUAUCAGUAGUGCUCGGGAAAAGCUUGAGUGGAAAAGUUGUCCUGAGAAAGUCUCUCUUCGUGUUUUUUUUUUUGGUUUUCCAAUUAGUCAGCCACUUAGUCAAUCGUGCGAAUUCGGAAGAAGUUGGUGGUUGAAGUUUUUCGAAAAACACUUUUUUUAUAUUGGAAACAAAAUUUAAAGGAAAAAAACUGAAUCCCGGAAAUGGAUUCAUUGUUUGUCGGAAAUCGGAUCUACGUGAACUCAGAGCGCUAUCCGGAGCUGUUUGCCGGUGGAAUUUUGGUGUCCGGUGCCGAUGGUCGGGUUUCGAAAAUUUUCGAUUCACCGCAGCUGGUGGAAAGUUUCCUGCGAGAUGCACCGGCAGUUGAGAUUCACAACUUUGGCGAUUUGGUGCUGAUGCCGGGGCUGAUCGAUUCUCAUGUGCACAUCAACGAGCCGGGUCGAACCGAGUGGGAAGGAUUCUUUACGGCGACGAAGGCAGCUGCGGCCGGCGGUUUUACCACGAUCGUCGAUAUGCCGCUGAACUCGAUCCCUCCGACGACGAGUAUGGCCAAUUUGAGGACGAAAAUCAACGCCGCUCGCGGCAAGAUCUUCGUGGAUGUGGCGUUUUGGGGCGGAGUGGUGCCCGGAAAUUCCGGCGAGCUACGGGAUAUGAUCAAUGCCGGGGUUGUGGGGUUCAAGUGCUUUUUGUGCCCUAGCGGGGUUGAUGAAUUUGAGCAUGUCGGUGAGAAGGAUGUUCGCCUGGCGUUGGAACAGAUGGAAGGAACCGGAGCAGUUUUGGCUUUUCACGCGGAAGUAGAGUGCGCCAAUCACGAUCACGGACACGAUCAAGCGGAACCAAAAAAUCCUAAAAAGUACGAAAGUUUUCUGGUAUCCCGCCCUGAUCAAAUGGAAGCGGAAGCAAUCGAUCUGGUUGCCAGUCUAGCUCAACAAUACGAAGUUCACUGUCACAUUGUCCACCUUUCGACGGCUCAGGCACUUCCGACGAUCAAGAAAGCCCGCGCCAACGGUGCCUCCCUCUCGGUGGAAACCUGUCAUCACUAUCUAUCAAUCGCAGCCGAAGACAUCCCGGAUGCCCAUACCGAGUUCAAAUGUUGUCCCCCAAUCAGGCAGCGAAGCAACCAGGAACUCCUUUGGCAGGCAAUCCUCGACGGGGACAUCAACAUGGUAGUUUCGGAUCAUUCCCCAAGCACCCCGAACAUGAAACUUCUCACCAGUGGCAAAAACCAGGGUGAUUUCCUGCAAGCCUGGGGAGGCAUUUCCUCCGUCCAAUUCGGUCUCCCCCUCUUCUGGACCAACUGUCAACGGUUCGGCCUAGGAAUCCCAGACCUCGUUCGACUUCUCUGCAGUGAACCGGCAAAAAUGUGCGGCAUCAACAGGACCAAAGGCAGCCUCGAAGUGGGCUUUGAUGGGGACAUUUGCGUGUGGGAUCCGGAAGAUACUUUCACCGUGACCCAGGACAUCAUCGAGUUCGCCAACAAAGCCAAUCCCUACAUGGACAAAAAACUCCGAGGAGUUGUGCACGCUUCGUUCCUGCGUGGGUCACCAAUCUACCGGCAGACGGAGAAAUUCCGGGCCCCCAUGGGAAAUAUCCUGCUGAAGAAGGUUGCCCGGAGGGGCUCAAAAAUAAUUAAGUUUGAGUAGAUUGCAACUGUUGUUAGGCUUAAGCGGUGUGCUCGUCGUUCCUAUCUGUUGGAAAAGUAUUCGAAGAUUUCUUCUGUGAAGUACCUACCCUAGUGUUUGUUAAAGGGAUACUUUUAAUUUAGUUUUUUAAAUAAUUUAUAUCAGAUAAUUAUAAUAAAACGUACCAAACUAUUUGGGAGAAAAAA